AUGGAUAACAGCAAACCGGUAAAAGGCAUCCUAAAGAAGACCAGCAGCUCCAACCUUACCAAGGGCCGAAAGAUUUCUGAAGAGGACAGUCAAAAGAAAUCUCAGUCCUGGGAUGAAAUGAACAUAUUGUCCACGUACAAACCUCCAGGAAAGGACUAUGGACUCAUGAACAUUGAUGAACCUAAAACUCCUUAUAGAUACGACAUCGACGAUGAGGCGGGGAGCAGCUCCAAUCCCACUUUCUCCAUGGAGGAGUUAGCAGCAAGGAUGAGCAAUCUGAAUAAAAGUAGAAGAAGCAAAAAACAGACAGCAAAGGUUAAAACACAAGAUUCUGAUGAGGAAGACAUUCCACUCGUGGAGCUAGAGAAGAAACGCCAGUUUGAAAUGAAACGGAAGCAGAUUUAUGAUGAAGGGCAAAAUAUUCAGCGAGCCCGUGAGCUGCUGGCGAAAGAAGACUUAGAUGACCGCGACGACUCUGAUUGUGAGUUAUCUGUUAGACCGGAAUCUCAUUAUUGA